UUUUUUUACAUAUAUGCAGGUGAACACACAUUUCUGGAUGUUGUGGACAACUCAAAUUCAAAGAAUCAAGAGAUCAGAGUGAUAAUUGAGCUAAAUUUCCGAGCCGAGUUCGAGGUUGCAAGAGCAAGUGAAGAGUACAACAAGCUCAUUAGAAAACUACCAGAGGUGUUUGUUGGGAAAGUUGAAAGACUACACAACUUAAUCAAGGUCUUGUGUUGUGCAGCCAAGAAGUGCAUGAAAGAGAACAAAAUGCACAUGGGUCCAUGGAGGAAGUAUAGGUAUAUGCAAGCAAAGUGGCUCGGCACGUGUGAAAGGACAACGUGGACACCGCCCUUGUCGACAGUGUGCCCUGGCAGUGCACCUAGGCCACGGAGGGCGUCCAUGUUGACAGUAGAUUUGUUGGAGAACUUGCCCAACUUGCACCGGACGGCUGUUCAAGUUUUGUGAUUGGAGAUCAUGGUUUUAAAUAUCACUUGACGUAUGACUGGUUCUGAUUCGUAGCGGUUUAGAGUCGAUUCAGAGCUGAUAAAGGCUAGUUUAGUUGUUAUACAAUUAAAGCUUUUUUUGCUAUUGAUGGUUUUAAAAAAUUUACAAUGGUGAGGUUUUGCUUAUUCUCUUGUUUGUGUACUACGGAUAGGUACGUAUAUAGAGUUGUGAGUGUAUCAUCAGAUGUGAACAGAAAAUAAUCAUAACAUUUUGCUGGUGGAUUUGAACAA